AUGUCGACGUUGUGUGAGAACGAUCGUUUAGAACUUGAAGAACAAGAUCUUUCACUCUUUGAGGAACCAGAGGAAUAUAAGGUGCCAACGCCCGAACCGACAUUCCACUUAUUUAAACGAAAAGAAGAAGACAUAGACAUACUUUCUGUUGGAUCACAUCCACUAUGGGCACAUGUAUUGUGGAACGCAAGUAAAUGUCUCGUUUGGUAUUUAGAUAGACAUAAAGAAUUAAUUCGUGGUAAAAAUAUUUUGGAACUUGGAGCGGGGGGCGCAUUACCAUCCAUUAUUUCAGCCGUGAAUGGCGCGAAAAAGGUAGUUAUUACGGAUUACCCCGAUGAAGAAUUGAUUGAAAAUAUUAAAUAUAAUAUAACAACAAAUUUAUCGAGCCAUGAAAAUAUAGAAAUUUUGGGAUAUAUUUGGGGAUACAAUACGGAUCCUCUUUUAAAUGCAAUAUCACAAUCAAAAGAUUCACAUUUUGAUUUAAUUAUAAUGUCAGAUCUAAUAUUUAACCAUUCACAACAUUCAGCAUUAUUGAAAACUUGUGAAAAAUGCUUGGAUAAACAUGGUCAAAUUCUUGUGUUUUUCACUCAUCAUAGACCGCAUCUUGCAGAUAGAGAUAUGAAAUUCUUUGAAGAAGCGCAGAAAGAUAAUAUGUUUAAAGUAGAAAAAAUUGUUGAGGAAAUUAUGGAACCAAUGUUUGAAAAAGAUUCCGGUUCCGAACUUGUUAGAUCAACAGUAUAUGGAUAUAAAUUAACACAUUUAAAUAAUGUAAAUAAUGUACAAAUUGAUGGAUAUAAAUUGGAAGUUACUUUAAGUGAUCGUCUUUAA